AUGGUGGCCACGUCUAAACCGAAGCUGUCCAAGAAACUGAUGCGGAUGAAGUUCAUGCAAAGGGGGUUGGAUGCAGAAAUUAAAAAACAACUAGAAGAGGAAGAAAAGAAAAUAAUCAGUGAAGAACACUGGUACUUGGAUUUACCUGAACUUAAGGAGAAAGAGAGUUUCAUAAUAGAGGAGCAGAGCUUUAUGCUUUGUGAAGAUCUUUUGUAUGGAAGAAUGUCAUUCAGAGGGUUUAAUCCAGAAAUUGAGAAAUUAAUGGUCCAAAUGAAUGCCAAACACAAAGAGGAAGAAGUUGAAGAUGUAACAAUGGAGGCUGAUGUGUCUGAUGAAGAAAUGGCCAGAAGAUACGAAACUUUGGUGGGCACAAUUGGAAAGAAGUUUGCUAAAAAAAGAGAUCGAGCACAGUAUGAUGAAGAUGAAAAUGGUAACAUAAGACCAGUUAAAGCUAAGAAGACAUUUUUAAAGCCUCAGGAUUAG